UGUUGGAAAAAGUAGAAUAUCUGUUUAAAUAUUUGUUUGGGUGAAACAAUAAGAAAACAGAAUUUUAUUUUGUGUUUUUUAAAUGAUUUUCGUCAUGGCAACAUUUGGUUCCCAAGUCUGCUGUGGGUCUCAAGUUCACUCUGUUGCUAGGCAACGUUAGUCGCAUUAAAAGCAAUCCGUUGGCUUGUCACGGCAUGUUGGUGUCGGUCAACAAAUAUUCGAACACUCAAUGUGCAGUCUGUGACGUAACAAACGUCUAUUGUUUGCAGAGAAGCAGCGCGUGUUAAAUAAAUAAAUCUAAAUCAUUAAACCCGAUAUAUAUUGGUUCCAGGGGUUUUAAGUAAAUUACAUCAGGAUGGAGAUAGCCGGUUCAACUCUCACUGCCACCUACACUCGACCGAAAUCGGUCGGAAAUAAUUUCCUUCCAUCUAUAAGCACCAUGACUGCAAGUUACAAAAGCCACGCACCCCCACACGCCCUCUCACAUUCUCUAAGUCUUCCAUGGCGACCUAGCACUUAUUAUAAAGUGGCGCAAGUCAACCCGACGCUAGGGAGGAUGGCCCGAAGUUUUCCUUCAACUCUGGAGAAGAUUCCACCUUUAUCGGCAAGCAAUAGAACCGCUCUGUUCACCAGGUACACGCCAGAUGAUUGGUUCAAGUCUAAUGUAACAAACUACAAGACAUCAGAAUCGUGGAGGAAUAGUGCUGAGCGGUUAAGGGCUGACACGGCGCGUUUGGUGCAAAACAAGGAACAACUGACGUUUCGUAGUCAACAAGAAAGUAGUAAGAACUUGGGUGAGCGUGUGAGCGACAUCACAUUCUGGAAGUCGGAGAUCCAACACGAGAUUGAAAACCAAAUCGCUGAAACAAACGCUUUGGUUGAAGUUAAGAAAAGGUUGGAAAGAGCUUUGUCGGAAACUGAGGGUCCAUUGCAGGUCGCUCAAGAAUGUUUGUAUCAUCGCGAACGUAGAAAUGGUAUUGAUCUUGUGCAUGAUGACGUAGAAAAGAAUCUUCUAAGGGAAGUUGACGUCAUUAAAUCGUGUCAAGAGCGGAUGCGACGUCAUAUUGAUAGAUCGGUGCAACAAUUAUCGAACAAUCGGGCAGCCCAGCAUGAAUUGGAACGCGACCACAGCGAUAAGUUCUCAGCAUUGCGAAUUGACAACAGAUGUCACGGCUUGAGGAACACAUCGGAUGGAAUCUCUUUCCACCGAGGCGUAGAUAGGGUGGAUGCUACCGUUUCUGUUCCUGAGACUUGGGCAAAGUUCAGCGAUGAUAAUUUGCUGCGAUCGCAAAGUGAAAGAGCUUCGUCAGCAAAACUGCGUGAUGACAUUGAGAAUCUGCUUAAUAUUACAAGCAACGAGAUGUGGUCUCAAUUCAACAACGUGAACGUGAGUUUCACGAACAGGAUUGCUGAAUCUUUUGACGCAAAGAAUAAACUGCAGAUGCAUCUUGCAAAGACGUUGCAAGAAAUGUUCUCAACUGAACAAACUAUUGGACAAAUCAAGAGAGCAAUCGCCGAUAAGGAAUCACCGAUGCGUGUCGCGCAGACAAGGCUGGACGAAAGGACACGAAGACCGAAUGUUGAAUUGUGCCGAGAUCCAUCCCAAUUGAGGUUGGUGGAUGAGGUGCAGACGAUCGACAAUACGAUCAACACCCUCAAGUCUCGAUUGCGUGAAGCUGAAGACACAUUGCAAGGCUUGGUUCACACAAAAGCGUCGUUGGAACACGACUUGUCGGUGAAGGCGAACAGUUUGUUCAUUGACCAAGAGAAAUGCAUGGGAAUGCGCAAGACCUUUCCUAGCACACCAAGAUUGGUUGGUUAUUGUUAACUUGGAAAGUUUUGAACGGUUAGGGUUGAAUAACAUUUUUGUACAUAUCACUUCUCUGCGUUUGCUGAUAAUUUGUUUCAAUUUAUUUUUGCUGAUUACAGAUUGCUCAAGAGAUUAAUUGCAAGUAGAAAGUAGAUAAUUGUGAUGUUUUGUUUCUUUUUUUAUAAUUUGAGUUAAAAAAUACUUUUCUUUUUUACUGAACAAUGUAUUGGUUAUUGCCUUUUACCGCAGCCAUAUGUAGAAUUGUAUAUAAACCAACGUGGCCAUAAUAGAGCAUCUUAUUGCACUUACACAAUUAGAUUAUAACCUAUAGACGUGUUAAAAAAUCAAAAACUUUGUUAUUUUACCCUUGAUUUCCCAACAGCUUACGUAGUCGACUGCCCUUCCGUAGAAAAUUCUUUACAAAACGCUUGUAUAUAGCUUCAUCUGUUCAAUGCUUGUGUGCUGUGCUAUUACUUUAACAAUAAAGUGAUUCAACAAA